AUGGCUCUCAAUGCAGCAUCGCACAACAUUCCGGGCGAGAUGACCGGACCCGUGAGUGGCCAGCCGCCAGCUCCCUCGGCCGAGACCACUGAGGCCCUCCUCUCAUCUGCCCAGAAGGAUCCCCAAGGCCAGAAUGCCCCCGGUCAAGACGGCGGUGACGCCGAGGCACCCAAGAAACAAAAGACCGAGAAAGAGCUUGCGAAGGAAAAAGCCAAGGCUGAGAAGGCACGCAAGUUCGCCGAGAAGCAGGCAAAGCAAUCUGCUGCUGCUCCAGCUGGAAAGGCCAAGGAGAAGAAGCCCAAGGUCAAGGAGGAGGCUCUGCCCAAGUACGUCGAGGAGACACUCAAGGGAGAGAAGAAGAUCCUCAAGCCUCUGGAUGACGAAUACCACAAGGCCUACAUUCCCUCUGUCGUCGAAUCAGCAUGGUACGACUGGUGGGAGAAGGAAGGCUUCCACGAGCCCGAAUUUGGACCAGAUGGAAAUGUCAAGCCCCGUGGAUACUUCGUUAUCUCUGAGCCCCCACCAAACGUUACUGGUGCUCUUCACUGCGGUCACGCCCUUGCCACAUCUCUCCAGGAUACUUUGAUUCGCUGGAACAGAAUGAGAGGAUACACUACACUAUUCCUGCCUGGAUGCGAUCACGCCGGUAUCUCCACCCAAAGCGUUGUUGAAAAGAUGCUCUGGCGCAAGCAACAGAAGACCCGUCACGAUCUGGGCCGUGAGAAGUUCGUUGAGACUGUCUGGGAGUGGAAGGAGGAGUACCACAAGAAGAUCAACAACGUUCUCAAGAGAAUGGGUGGUUCGUUCGACUGGACUCGUGAAGCCUUCACCAUGGACGCCAACUUGUCGGCUGCUGUCACUGAGACUUUUCUAAACACUGCUCUUUCUAACCUCGAGGUUGACAACAAGGAGCUUACUGGUCGCACUCUGCUGGAUGUUCCUGGUUACGAACGCAAGGUUGAGUUUGGUGUUAUCACUCAUUUCAAGUAUCCUAUCGAGGGUACCGACGAGAUGAUUGAGGUUGCCACUACUCGUCCUGAGACCAUGCUUGGUGACAGUGGUAUUGCCGUUCACCCUUCGGACGAACGCUAUAAGCACUUGGUCGGCAAGAAGGCAAAGCAUCCCUUCGUCGAUCGUCUUCUCCCCAUCUUCGCCGAUGAAUACGUCGACCCCGAGUUUGGUACUGGUGCCGUCAAGAUCACUCCUGCUCACGACCCUAACGAUUUCAACCUCGGUACCAAGCACAAGCUCGAGUUCAUUACCGUCCUGAACGACGAUGGUACUAUGAACGGCAACGCCGGGAAGUUUGAGGGACAGAAGCGCUUCGAUACUCGUUACUCUGUUGUUGAGGAGCUCACCAAGCUUGGUCUUUUCGUCAAAAAGGAGGACAACCCAAUGAAGGUUCCUCUGUGCUCCAAGUCAAAGGACGUCAUUGAGCCUUUGAUGAAGCCCCAAUGGUGGAUGAAGAUGCGUGAGCUUGCUGAUGCUAGUAUCGACGUUGUCAAAAAUGGUGAAAUCAAGAUCCGUCCUGAAGGUGCUGAGCGCAACUACUAUCACUGGAUGCGCAACAUCAACGACUGGUGCUUGUCACGUCAGCUUUGGUGGGGUCAUCAAAUUCCUGCUUACUUCGUCAAGCUUGAAGGUCAGGAAAACGAUGAAAGCACAGACGAUUUCUGGGUUGUCGGCAGAACCGAGGAGGAGGCCAAGCAGAAGGCCGAGAAGAGAUUUCCUGGCAAGAAGUACGAGCUUGUCCGUGAUCCUGACUGUCUCGACACCUGGUUCUCAUCUGGUCUUUGGCCCUUCUCGACUCUGGGCUGGCCCAACAAGACCCCUGACUUCGAGAAGCUCUACCCUACAUCUGUCUUGGAGACUGGAUGGGAUAUUUUGUUCUUCUGGGUUGCAAGAAUGAUCAUGUUCGGUCUCAAGCUCACUGGCAAGGUGCCCUUCACUGAGGUCUACUGCCACUCUCUCAUCCGUGAUUCGGAAGGAAGAAAGAUGUCCAAGUCCCUUGGAAACGUCAUCGAUCCCGUCGACAUCAUGGAGGGUAUCACUCUCCAGGAGCUUCACGACAAGUUGCUCCAAGGUAACCUCGACCCCAAGGAGGUCAAGAACGCCACCAAGUACCAAAAAGACUCGUUCCCUCAGGGUAUCCCCGAGUGCGGUGCUGAUGCUCUCCGUUUCUCCCUCAUUCAAUACACCACUGGUGGUGGUGACAUUGCUUUCGACGUCAAGGUCAUGGCAGGUUACCGCCGCUUCUGUAACAAGAUCUACCAGGCCACCAAGUACGUCCUUGGUAACCUUCCCGAGGGCUUUGUCCCUCAAGCAAAGGGCGGCAAGACUGGCAAGGAGUCAUUGCCCGAGCGUUGGAUCCUGCACAAGUUCACCACCGCUGCCAAGGAGGUCAACGAGGCUCUUAACGCUCGUGAGUUCUCGCGUUCGACCUCGCUCGCUUACCAGUACUGGUACGAGAACCUGUGCGAUGUUUACAUCGAGAACAGCAAGGCCAUCAUCCGUGACGGUACCGAGGAGGAGAAGCGCAGUGCCGUUGAUACCCUCUACACCGUCCUUGAGGGUGCCCUCUGCAUGAUCCACCCCUUCAUGCCCUUCUUGAGUGAGGAGCUGUGGCAGCGUCUGCCCCGCCGCUCUGGAGACAAGACCAAGAGUAUCGUUGUUGCCGCUUACCCCGAGUACGAUGCCUCGCUUGAGGACUUUGAGAGCGAGGCCGCCUACGAGGUCAUUCUUGGAGCAUCCAAGGGUGUCAGAUCAUUGAUGUCCGAGUACUUGAUCAAGGAGGACGCAAAGGCCAUUGUUCAGUGCUACGACGAGAAGACCUACAAGACCGCCGCCGACGAGCAGGCAUCCAUCAAGUCCCUGUCCGGCAAGGCUCUCACCAACCUCAGCAUCAUCGGCCCCAAUGACGCCACCCCCACCGGCUGUGCCGUCUUCGCUGUAUCCUCCUCCGUCGCCGUCUUCCUCGAGGUCGCCGGCCGUGUCGACAUCGACGCUGAGAUCACCCGCGCCCAGCAGAAGCUCAAGAAGGCUGCUGACGGCGCUACCAAGCAGCGCAAGAUCCUCGACGCCGAGGGCUUCGCCGACAAGGUCUCGCACUCUGUCCUUGAGGCCGAGAAGACCAAGCUGCAGGACUUGAUGGCUGAGCAGAAGAACUACGAGGAGAGUAUUGCUCAGUUCGAGAAGCUCAAGCUCGGUAACUAG